GUGGCUCCGGCUGCGCAGGAACAGCUGGUGUCUCCGAAGGCGGCCGGCGAGCGGACGGGCUGUGGUGCUGGCGGCCAGUCGCGCCACGCUGCGGGAGCCGCCGCCGCCGCCUCGCACCGCCGCACCAUGUCCGGCCAGCUGGAGCGUUGCGAGCGCGAGUGGCAUGAGCUGGAGGGAGAAUUUCAGGAACUGCAGGAAACCCACAGGAUCUACAGGCAGAAGCUGGAGGAGCUGACUUCACUUCAGACUUUAUGUAGUGGCUCUAUCAACAAGCAGAAGACGCGACUAAAGGACUUGAAGCACACACUCCAGAGGUACAAGCACCAUGCGAGUCGGGAGGAGGCAGAGCUCAUCCAGCAGAUGAGUGCCAACAUCAAGGAGCGGCAGAAUGUCUUCUUCGACAUGGAAGCCUACCUGCCCAAGAAGAAUGGGCUCUACUUAAACCUGGUCCUUGGCAAUGUGAAUGUGACCCUUCUCAGCAACCAGGCCAAUUGUGUGACCUUUUCUGGGGGUGUCUAUCAAUGCAGAUUUGCUUACAAGGAUGAGUACGAGAAGUUCAAGCUCUACCUGACCAUCAUCCUGCUCCUAGGUGCUGUGGCGUGUCGAUUUGUCCUUCACUACAGGGUGACUGACGAAGUUUUUAACUUCCUGCUGGUGUGGUAUUACUGCACCCUGACAAUCCGGGAGAGCAUUCUCAUCAGCAAUGGCUCGAGAAUUAAAGGCUGGUGGGUGUCUCACCACUACGUGUCCACGUUCCUCUCUGGAGUGAUGCUGACCUGGCCUAACGGAUUAAUUUAUCAGAAGUUUCGUAAUCAGUUUUUAGCGUUUUCCAUUUUUCAGAGCUGUGUCCAGUUCCUGCAAUAUUAUUACCAGAGGGGCUGCCUCUACAGGCUGCGGGCUCUGGGAGAGAGGAAUCAUCUGGACCUCACGGUGGAAGGGUUCCAGUCCUGGAUGUGGCGGGGCCUCACCUUCCUCCUGCCUUUCCUGUUCUGUGGCCAUUUCUGGCAGCUCUACAAUGCCGUCACGUUGUUUGAGCUCUCCAGCCACGAGGAAUGCAGAGAAUGGCAGGUGUUCGUGUUGGCGCUCACUUUCCUCGUCCUCUUCCUUGGCAAUUUCCUGACCACACUCAAAGUCGUGCACGCGAAACUUCAGAAGAACAGAAACAAAGGGAAGAAGCUGUGAGCCAAGGGACCUGUGUACCCCCAGCCCCUGGGGUUCAAGACUGCAGGGGGUUCCAGCUGGCACCUGAUUUCCUCCCCACAGUGUCCUUGGCCACUGCAGCAGCCACCUCAGGGGCCAGCGCAUCACUGGUAGAAGGGCCAAGGCCCUGGUCCCCGGUGGACAAGAGGAACGUGGCCCCUGCCCGUCUGCACAAUGUUAGCCUGCUCAGCCUCCCUAUUUAUGACAUAUUUAACACGGGGUCCUCCCGACUGCCCUAGAAUCCGCAGUCUUCCCUCGCUGCCCUUUCACGGCUGAGACUGGGUCAGUCUUCCUGGGCGGGGGCCUAAAGCCUCAGGGAGCCCCUCAGGUUGGGGUUUGGAUGUGCCUCACUGGAGUGCCGACCUGCUACUUACUGAGUCCCCAGCAGGUGGAAGGAAACCCCUCGGCGUCCUGUGGAGCCUCCCUCCCCGGGGCAAACCGGCAAACCGCUUCCGCUGUAAGCUCUCCCGGCCUCCGCUGCUCCGUGGUGGGGUAUUUAAGUUCUCAGAGAAUCACUGUCUGUCUGUGCCUGGUGCUCUUUGUGCUUCCUCUCCCUCCUGCUGGCCACCUGGGGAGAAGUGCCCUGCCUCCCCGAGGGCCUGGUCCCUGGGGUGGGCCUGAGGCGAGGGGGGUGCUGCUACCACCAGAGGGCGCCCCAGCCUUGGCAUCACUUGGGUGGUUUGAGAUAGUCUGGUGUUGGGUUUUUUUGAAUUUGAAAUUUUGGCUUCCUGACCCCCACCCCUCAACCCACUUUCCUGAAUUCUUGCAGUGAGUGGGACCCUUACUUUCAGCGCUGGCUGGGACUUAAGCCAUCACAGAGCUCACCCACCCUCCCCUUCAGGUUCUAGAAUGUUGGUGGGGAGAGUCUGAGCAGGCUCACUUCUGGGAGGUGGCACUUGGAAGCCAGGACAAGUCCGCUGGUCACCUUGUGUUGGAUUCUGUACUUGAAUGCUUGUGGGGAGGAUGAAGAAGCUAGCAAGUUUGGUUGAAUGUUCGGCGCCUUCUCCCACACGCGAGCCUCAGCUGCCUUUAACUAUUUCCCUACAAAUCCCCUCUGACCAGAGUUCAGGGCUGGCAUCCACAGUCAUGCUUUGGCUCUCAGAGGAGUUUAAGCUUCUUUUUUAAUUGUUACAUUUUUAAAAUAUGAAAUUUCCCCUCCACCCCAGUAAGAGUCCACAUAAAAACCCAGAUUUCUACUUUCCCUAGAAAAAUGGAAAGAUCUGUCAACAUUCCCACAGGGCAGUUCUUGGCUGGGCUGAGCUGCCUGCCUAGGAUGGGGUGCUUGCUUUCUAGUAUGCCACAGACCCACCACUCCCUUUUGUAGCUGUCCUGUCUCACUCGUUUGCACCUCCCAUCUGGCCCUAAGGCACUUGAGUUUUCCCUAGACUAGGAGUCGGUAAACUUUUUCUGUAAAGGGCCAGAUGGUAAGUAAAUAUUUGAGGGCCAGAUAAUCUGUUACAACUACCUUAGCCUGCAGUUGUAGGGCAAAAGCAGCUAAUGCAUACAUAAAUGAGUGUGGCUGUGUCCCAACAAAACUUUAUUUACAAAAACAGGCAGCUGCCAGAUUUGGUCCACAGACAAUACGGUUUGUGGACCUCCGUCCUAUAUCAUUUGUCCAUGAGGCCUUGGAUUGACGACACUCUUGACUCCCCAGGUCGUGGCAGGGCCUUGGGGAACCUGUGUGAGGUGGGUGGAAUACAGAAGUCUCUCUCCCUAGCAAUUGGCUUCAGAGAGGCUCAGGCUUAGUGGGGCUGAGGCAGGAGAUCCCGGGGAGGGCAGGAGGCACCUGAAGCCGUUAUGCCGCGUUCAGUAAGGCUGACUCCUGGCUCACUCAGGAAGCAAGCAGCUCUCAAUCUGUGGGACAUUAGAAUCACCUGGGGCACUUGUUUAAAAGCUCCCGGAAGUGCAGACCUUCCAGGAGGAGGUUCAGUGGAUCUGCAGCUGGGGGUUAAGUGUGUUUUCACAGGAGGUCAAGGGGGUCUCAGCUCCAGAACUCCACAUCCUGGCAGAAGUGGAGGCUGUGAGGGACAGAGGAAACUUGAUGACUAUUAAAAUGAGCCAGUGCCGUCCUUUUGCAGAUAGGGAGAUAGUCCACAGAGAGGAGUGACUUGCCCAAGGUCACUCGGAGCCAAUGUCACUUUCAUCUCAAGUUCCUGGCACUGGGGGGUUGCAGGUGAGGAGCCCCUGAGCAGGGGUUGGAUGUGUGGUCCAGGGUACUUUUUGCUUUUUGAGAGAGUUUCUUGUCCCCCUUGGGCAUGUGUGCCGGCUCUGCAAAGAUGGUGGCCCAGCCAAAGGCUGAGACUGGAGUCCUCUGUGGGGGGGCCGGGGCCACUGUUGGCCCCCGUGUCCGGGGCUGGUGCCUGUGUUGUCCCGAUAGGCCCCUAUCCCAUCGUGGUCCCCGAGCUCCUGGAGGAAGGAAGUGAGGAGCUGGAGAGUGCAGCCGUGCCUAUCUCCAGAGCCCAGGGAGGCGGGUGACAUGGGAGCAGCGGUCUUGGGGGGGGCCGUGUGGAACGCUGACGAAUCCACACUUAUCCACGUACCAGAUGUAGUUCUUUGUUUUAAGCAUAGGUUUUGAGGACCUACUGGGUGUGCAAAGGGGGAUACACGUGGCUGGGGGGAGGCCGCGUACUCCUGAGUCCUGGGGAUGGGGACAUAUGCCGGUUCCAGGUACAGAGGGACUGAGUCCAGCACCCUCACCCACCUCCAUGCGGGCCACAGCUCCAGUGUGAACCCAAAGGUGAGUUCAUGGUCAGAGCCGCAGCUGGGAAAUAAAAGAUCUCCAGAAUGUUCGAAGAGUCUAACCAGAGGCUCCAGACACAAGGAGACACCCACCUUCAGGUGCCCUUGGAAAGCUGGGGAUGGGGCAGGAUCUCGGGGUAUAAUCCGGGGCUGGUGGCCUGGCCCCUGUCAGUCUUGCCCUGAGGGCUUUGUGCCCUACCCAGAGGGGUCAGAGCAGCAGGCACAACCGGUGUUGUUUCUGCCGCUGUGCUUUCUUCAGAGCACUGAGGGCAACCUUGGCGGCCUCUCGGAAAACGUCCUCCACAUUCUCCCGAAACUUGGCAGAACAUUCUAGGUAGAGGGCGGCUCGGAUCUGUUCGCAGGCGCUCUGACCCUGGGUGGGCGGGAGGGACUGGCAUUAGAUGAGGGGCCUGGAGCAUGGGGCACCUCCUGACACCCCCUCAUGGAUCUGGGGACUUGGAUCUGGCUCUCGGGGGCCGCCCGGGGCGGGGCAGAGGUCUUGGUGUGGAGCCCCCUUCUCCCUAUCCCGGGCCCAGCCCCCACCAGUGUGGGUGGAUGGAACACAAAGGCCUGUCUGGUGUGGCCUGAGGGCUGCGGCUGCUGAGAGAAGCGUCCUGUCCACCUUCAGGCAGAGAGGGGGCCGGAUCCCGACAACUGUGUCUGCCAGGCCUCUGACGAGCUAAGGGCCUCCAGACACAAAGGGCUUCCUACUUGCCUCUCUCCUCUUCUCCAGAGCACAACUAAGGAAACAGCUUGCUAGGAGAGUAAAAACUCUUUCUUCUAACAUUUGCUUUUAUUAAUGCUUCUUUUUAUUAAACUUUCUUACCAGUG